UUACGAAAGAAAAAAAGAAAACAAGCAAACAAACUCUGAGAAAGAAAGGAAAAAAGAAAGAAAAAAAAAACACUUGAAAAUCAAACAAAAGGUCACAAAACCCGUAAGAUAAACACCAAGAAAGGGAAAAUAUAUAAGCCACCCCUUGGGCCGUUUAGCAAAGAAAACGAAGCUCGCGAAAGACAGUUGAGCGAACAAAAGGAAAGUUAACAAAAGCAGAGUUAACAGCGCCCUGACUCUCCAGUGGGAGUCGUCAUGGCCAGGUUUUUAAGACGCAGCCUCAAGAGGAAGAAAGGUACAGUCACAUUUCUGAGAGUUCGUGACGAUCCUGUCGGAGCUGUCGCGGGGCAGCGUGACGGAGAAGCUGCGCUGGGCCUUCAACCUGUACGACAUCAACGGCGACGGAUACAUCACCAAGGAGGAGAUGCUGGACAUCGUGACGGCCAUCUACUCGCUGGUCGGCCGCAACGCCAUCCCCGCCGUCGAGGAGAACACCACGCAGGAGCACGUCGACAGGAUAUUCGAGAAGCUCGACAUCAACGGAGAUGGAAUGGUCACACUUGAGGAGUUCAUGCAGACUUGCACAAGGGACGAGACCAUCGCCAACUCGCUGACGAUCCUGGACACGAACUUCUGACCCGAGGCCCCGCCCAGCGCCGCCGCCGCCGCCCUGCUCGCGCCCGUCGCCGCGCCGCAG